AUGGCCUCGAAAUCAUCUCACCGUGCCCUUCGGCAAAGUCUUCUGGGAUUUAAUGCCCGAUGGAAACAACCGUCCGCUUUCCAAAUUCUGAGGAAUAAUUUGAACGGCCACCGACUGAGCCAUGGUCAAGGUUCUGCCGUCUCCAGUACUUCAUAUACGCCCGAGCAAGCCGCGAUAUUAUCGGCUGCCCUGAGCCAUGUACCCUCACAGGGUUUCACUGAUUCCGCUUUACUCUCCGGGGUCAAGGAAGCGGGGUACUUGGAUGUUACCACUAAUUUAUUUCCUCAAGGCCCCUUUGAUAUCGUCAAGUAUCAUCUAGUCACUCAAAGAGAGGGAUUAAGCAAAUAUGCAGGAUCCGAGGAAUGGAAAGAUUUACAAGCUACAAACCCAAGAUUUGGGACCACCAGCAAAAUCAGAGCCCUUUGCAUCGAACGAUUAAAACAGAACAAAGAUGUUAUACGUCGUUGGCCAGAGGCAGUUGCUCUUAUGAAAUAUCCAACCAAUCUACAAUCGUCUACAUCCGAACUAUUUAGCCUAGCAGAUACCAUGUGGAAUAUCGCGGGAGACAAAGAAGUCGAUGUAUCUUGGUAUACUAAACGAGGUAUCUUGUCAGGCAUCUAUGCAGCAACUGAAGUUUACAUGACCCAAGACAAGUCGGAUCGUUUCACAAAUACUUGGGCUUUCCUUGACGAGAGGCUAGCCGAUAGCGCAUCUGUGGGAUCUACUGUCGGCCGGGUGGGACAGUACCUUGACUACGCCCGUUACAACGUCGUCAAUGUUCUGAGAAGCAAAGGUGUUAAGAUCUAA